AUGGAAUACAAAUAUUAUGAUAAGAAGAUGGAUAAGUGCAUAAGUUUUAAUGAAGCUUAUGAUUUAAAUAAUGAUGAGAAGAAGGUUGGCACAAGUUAUGAAGAUUUCCUUAUGAAUAGUUCAUCAUGUAUGAAUGAUGAAUAUAUGAAGUUAAAUAUUUUUACUGUUAUAAAAAAUGAAAUAAUAAAUGUAUUGUCAGUUAUAAAAAAGCAUGAAUAUAACAAAAAUUUAGAUUCUAGUAUUGUAGACGCUUUAUUUAUAUUAUAUAAUAAUAUAAAUAAUUUAAAUAACAAUUUAAAGGAAGAAAUAGAUAUACAUGAUUAUAAUAAUAAGUUAGAUAUAUAUCACAUUGCUCCCUUUUUAAAUAUCAUAAGAAAUAAUAAUAUCUUUUAUAAAAUUAAGUUAAUUGCAUUACAUUCGUUAGAUCAUAUAUUAAAAUAUAAUAGUAGUUAUUUUAAUGAUAAAUGUACUAAUGAACAUAUAAAUCGAAAACAAAUAUCUUAUUUAUGUGAUGAUUAUGAUCAUGAUCAUGAUCAUGAUGUCAAAAGUAAUAUUAGUGAUAAUUUAUGUAAAAGAGAUAUUAUAAAUGAAUCCAUAGAAAAACAUUGGACCAAAGAAUUUGAUAACAAACAUGAUGGAGUUUCAACAAAAAUGUUAAAUGAAAAAGUUCGAAAAAAAAAAAAAUAUCAUUUCUUUUCAAAGAAUUAUAAAUUACAUAAAAAGUAUCAUAUGGAAAAAGAAGAAGCAGAAGAAAAUUUUACCUUUCUAAUAAACAAAGGAAAUAAUAUUAUUAAUAUUAGUAUAGAAACAUUAUUGAAUGCACCAAUAAAUUACAAUAAUAUGAAUUAUGAAGAAAUUAUUUUAUAUGAUACUAUGAUAUUAUUUAAUAAUAUAUUAAUGAAUUCCAUAAAAGUUGUAGACAAAAAUAAUAUUAUAAAAAUAAUAUGUUAUAUUUUUAAAAUAUACAAAAAUACGAAAUAUUCUUUAUUAUUUAAAGGAAAUUGUGAAUCCAUAUUAAUUAAUAUUUUUCAUGUGGUUAUGAAAAGUUAUGUAAAUAAUAUAGACGAUGAUUUUAUUCAUGAUAUAUUAACCAUCAUCUUAAUAUUAAUAAAUAAUAAUAAAAAUAAAUUUGUAUUAGAUUUAUUAAAUAAGAAGGACUAUAUUAAUUUAUAUAAUGAAUUAUUUGAAAAUGAAAUGUCUCAUGAAAAUUUAGAAAAUAUUAAUAUAUUAUCCUUUAGUUUAUUAAAUAUAUUAAUGGAAAUAUAUGGAUAUUCAUUAAUAAAUAAAAAUUUUGAUUCUAUAUCAAACAUAAUAAGAUGUUUAUUUAUACAUAUAACCUCAUCAUCUUAUGUACUUAUAUGCAAAGCCUUAAGAUCAUAUAUAAAUAUUUUCAUUUUAUAUAAAAAGCAUUUUUUUAUAUAUAAUGAAAUUUUUAUUAAUAUAUUAUUAAAUACAUUAAAAAAAGGUUCAUCCAAAAACAUAACUGAAACGGCAUUAUUAACCUUGUCACAUUUUUGUUUAGAAAAUGUGUUAUUCGAAAUAUAUUAUAAUUAUGAUGUUAAUCUAUAUGCUUCAGAUUUAUUACAGAAUUUUAUACAAUCCAUAUUAGAAUUGUGUGUUAAUUUUGUUAAUAAUACGGCCAUAAUAAAUGAGGUUAUAUUUAAAAUGAUAAAAAAUAUUUUGUAUAUAUUAGUACCUUAUGCUCAUCACACCAAGCAGAAAAAAAAUAGUGAUCAUAAUUGUCAUAGUCAUCAUAAUUAUCAUAGUCAUCAUAAUUAUCAUUGUCAUCAUAAUUAUCAUUGUCAUCAUAAUUAUCAUAAUCAUCAUAAUUAUCAUUGUCAUCAUAAUUAUCAUAAUCAUCAUAAUGAGCAUAAUAAUCAUAAUGAGCAUAAUCAUAAUAAUGAGCAUAGUCAUCAUAAUGAGCAUAAUCAUCAUAAUGAGCAUAAUCAUCACAAUCACCAUAAUCAUCACAAUCACCAUAAUCAUCAUAAUCAUCAUAAUCAUCAUAAUCACCAUAAUCAUCAUAAUCACCAUAAUCAUCAUAAUCAUCAUAAUCACCAUAAUCACCAUAAUCAUCAUAAUGAGCAUAAUCAUUUGAAUAGUAUACAUUUACAUAGUAAUCAUAGCUAUUAUAAUCAUAAUUCUAUUAAUGAGAUGAAUCACAUUAACCAUGAUAUUGGUUAUAUAAACCAAUUAAUAAUUGAAUUUAAAAAUGAUAUAUAUUCUGAUACUUAUAAUAAAGUUUUUGUAUCAAGGAAAAGAAAAAGGGGAAGAAAAAGAAUGUCGAUACUUCAUGAAUUUAAUAUUAAAGAAAGGGAUAAAGAAGAUGGACACGAUAACGAAAAUAAAGAUGAGGACAAAAAUAAGAAACAUAGUAAUAGUAAUAACAAUAAUAAUGAUGGUAAUGAUUAUGAUAAUGAUGGAAGUUUACAUCAACAUAAUACUGAUAAUCGUAGACGAACAAGUUUUUGCAAAAGAGAAGCUAUUAAUGAAUUGAUUGACCGUUAUAAUGAUAAUAAGAAUGAAUUGAAAAAAAAAAAACAUUAUCUUAAUGAAUUAUAUUCCUUAAAUUUCUUAUCAUCAUCAACUAAGGAUAAUAGAUUUGUUACUUUUUGUGCACUCUUAUUAUUUGAACAUUUCAGAGAAUAUGUUAAAGUAAAAUAUAUUAAAAAAAAGAAACAUAUAAUGAGAAAGAAAAAAAGAAGAAAGGAAAUAUUAAAAAAAUCAGCAACUAUAUUUAAUACACUUAAGGGUAAAUCUAUUGAUGAAUUAAUUAAAAUGAGAAUUAUACAAACACAAGAAACAUAUAAUAAUAUCGAUACAAAUAAUGCUAUCAUCGAUUCAGAAGCUAUGCACAAAGAUGAUGAUAUAAUUGAAUACUCAAGUUCAUUAUAUGAAAAUAGAUCAUUUCUUACUAGUGAAAAUGCUGCUGAAAGGGGUUCGAGUAUUAAGAGUAAUUCUUAUAAUCCUGAUACGCAUGAUAAUAAAAUGCAAAUGAAUAAUAGUAACAUAGAUAUGAACUUGUCAAAUAUUAGUUAUAAUCAUGAUGAACUUGAAAAUAAUAAAAGCUUAAUCAAUAUCCAUAGUAAUUUUACUACGGAAGAGUCAUGUGACGACAUGAAUGAAAAUGAAAAGGACAUAAAAAAAAAGAAGAAACAUACAAAAGGACAUACCUCUAAAAAAGAAGGAAAAUUCGGUAAAAUGGACGAAGACGAAAUAGAUGUAGAACAAGAAAAUAAUAAUGAUAAUUGUAAUGAUGUAGAUGUAAUGAAACAGGAAAAUAAAAUGUUAAAUGGUAUUGUUGAUGAAAAAAUAUCAGCAAAUGAUCAAAAAAAAAAUAAUAAAAAUAGUUCUAAUAUACAUAAAAAUAUAUCUGAUGAUCAUUCAGUCUUAAAUAAUAACUCCAAAAAUUCUGUUGCUCAUUAUGAGAGAAAUGAUGAAGGCAAAAAAAUAGACAAAAAAGAUAAUACUGAAAAUAAUAUUAUUAAUAAUAUUGAUGAUGAUAAUAUUCACAACAACUACACAAAUGAAGAAAUAUCUAAAAAGGAGAGUGAUUUACAUAAAAUAGAUAAUCAUCAUAAAAAAAAAAAGCAUCAUCAUCAUAUGAAAGCAAGUGAAAUUAUUUCAUCCGUUGCUCAUAAUUUUUCGAAAAAGCAUUUUAAACAUAGUACUAAAAAUAAUUUAAUGGAAGAUGAAUAUUUUGUAAAAUCAAUGGCUAAAUUUGUAAGAUAUAAUCCAUUUUUAGAUAAAGAAUUUGUAGGUGAAUAUAUUUCACAUAGGAAAAAUGUAAACCUAUUAAAACGUUAUGUAAGAUUGUUUGAUUUUUGUAAUUUAUCGUUAUUAUCAUCUUUAAGAUUAUUUUUACGUUGUUUUAAAUUACCUGGGGAAGCUCAAUUAAUAGAGAGAAUAUUAGAACACUUUAGUUUAUGUUUCUUUUAUUCUAAUCCAAUACAUGGUGAUUUAAGUAACAUAUAUAAAGUAGAAAAUGAUAAGGUGGUUUGUUUGGUAAAUGACGAAGAACUAGCUAAUAAAAAGAGGUACAUAUUAAUAGAUUUUUUAAAUGAAAAUAGUAAUAAAAAUAAUGUAACGCAUGAUGAUAGUGUAUUACCAAAUGGUAAUGAAACGGACGCGAAAAAAAAUGUGGAUGAGAAUAAUAAUGAAAAUGAUUCUAAUUUAAAUGAAAAUAGUACAAAUCUGAAAAAAAAUAAUGUAGAUAAUAAUAAAGAUAAUGUGAAUGAUUUACAUAUUGAAGAAAAAAUUAAUUUAAAAAAGAAUGUAGAUAUUAAUGAUUAUAUGCAUAAAAAUGUAUAUUACUUAUCAAAAAAAAUUGAAAGUAUGAGUGAAGAGGAAAUUCAAAAGAAGUAUGUACUUGUUGAAAAUAGUGAUGUUAUUUUUAUAUUGACAUAUUCUAUAAUCAUGUUGAAUACAGAUUUACAUAAUAAUCAAGUUAAGAAUAAAAUGAAAUUAGAAGAAUUUAUUAAAAAUAAUAGAGGAAUAAAUAAUGGAAAAAAUAUUGAUAGAAUAUAUUUAGAAAAUCUAUAUAAUUGUAUUUUAAAUGAAGAAAUCAAAUUAUUUUCAAAUACACAAAACACAUAUACAAAUGACGAUCAGUAUUGGAAAUUAUUAGAUCAAAAAAAAGAAGAAUAUAAAUAUUAUCAUUAUUUUAAAGCUAAUGAAAUAUAUUUUUAUAGAUAUGAUAUAAACAAAUUGUUAAUAAGAAAUAAUUUCCUACCUAUAUUUUUUGAACUCUUUAAACGAACGAAUGAUUACAAUUUAAUCGAAAACUGUACAUUUAUGUUUAAAAUGGUUAUAAAUAAUUUGGCAUAUUAUCAUGAUUUAGGAAAUAUAAAUAAAAUAUGUUAUAUAUUUAAAUAUAUAAAUUUUUAUUUAACACAAAAAUGUCAAUCUUUAUUAUAUUUAUUUUUCCAUUUCAUAAAAAAAUGUUAUAAUUCGUUUCGAAACUGUUGGUCUAUUUAUAUUAAUAUUAUAUUUAAAUUAGUUACUAUUGAUUUAUUGCCUAUCUUUUUUUAUCCACAUAUAUUUAUAAACAAUACUCAGUUUAACAUUGAUAAAGAUGUUUUAAAUAGAAAGUCUAAGAAAGGAAAUACCCUAGAGACAUAUAAUAUAAAUAAAAGUAUUACAGAGACAUAUCAACAUCCGUUUUUAGUUUUUAAGAAAAAUGUCAAGAAAUUAAAUAAAUCUAAAUGGAUUGAUGAUUUCAGUAGUAUGUUUUUCUCAAGACAUCAUACUACGGAAAAUAACAAUUUGUCUAUAAUAUUUAAAGAUAAUGGUAAUUAUAAUGAAAAGAUCGAAGACAUAAAAAAUCAAACAAAAGAAAAGGAAAAGGAAAAAAAGAAAAAAAAAAAAACUGAUAAGGAUGAUAAAGAUAAGGAACAUGAAAAUGAACAUGAUAAUUUAAAGAAUGAUAAGAAGAAAAAUAAUGAAAAUUUAAAACAUGAAGAUAGAGAAAAUGAAAACCAUUCAGACGGACAUAAUGCAGAACGUAAUGAUAUAGAUGAAGAAGAUUCUGAUGAAGAUGAUGAUGAUGACGACGACGAUGAUGUUGAUGAAGACGAUAAUGAUUAUGAUGACGAUUUUGAUGAUGAUGAUUAUAUUGAUUAUGAUUGUCAUAAUGAAAAUUAUCAUUAUGAUAAUAUCAUCAACAAUAUUAAUAAUGAUAACAAUGAUGAAUUGGAAUAUAUUUAUGUAAAUAUCAAAGUGGAUCCUAAAAAUAUAGAUAAUAGUGCAAUAAUUGAUAAUGUUAAUAUAUAUAAAAAAUUAAAAUUAGAUAUAUAUAACUUUUUUACAUUUAAUGAUUUUCAUAAUAACAUGAUUACAAAUUUAAAUAUUAGUAGUUUAAUUUAUUUAAUAAAAAUUUUAAUUAUUAAAUGUUCAAUUAAAAAAGAAAAUGAAAUACAUAAUGUAUCUGCUCAUCAUACCAAUAAGUCCGAUGUACAUCAUCAUUCAUUUUUAAAAUCACACACUCUGUCUCAUCAUCAUAAUAAUAAUUAUUUAACUAAUGAGAAAUCAGGUAACACAUUUAAUGUUAAUGAUUAUAUUAAUGAUACAAAUCCGAUCAUAGUGAAUUCCGAAAGUUCUUUUGAUCAAUUUUAUCAUAGCAAAGAGAAAUUGCUAAGUACUCAAAUGUUUUUCCAUAUUAUGUGUUAUAAGAUUAAUUAUACCUAUAUUUUAUAUAAUAUAUUAUGUAAAUUGAAGUUGAAAUCUUAUAGAACAAGAAAUAGAUUUAUAGAUAAAGGAGAAGGCCAUGAACUGAAUUUAUAUAUGAAACAAAUUCAUGAAGCAAGAAAAUGUAAAAAUAUAAUCCAAGAGGAAAGAAAUAAGAAAAAUUAUUUCGACCUAACCUUAAAUAAUAUAUAUGACACUGAUAAUACAAGUGAUGCUGGAUUGAGCGAUUCUGAUUAUAGUGACAUAUCUAAUGAUUCUUUUUUUGUCAGAAGAAAGGAACGUAUAUUGGUUGAUAUAUAUAUGCAUAGUCAUGAAGCUCGUGGAGAAAAACAUAGGGAUGAAAGAAAUAGAAAUAGUCAUCAUGAUGAUGAUAAUAAUCAUCAUAAUCAUCAUCAUCAUCAUGAUGAUAAUUUUGAUAAUCAUAAAUAUGUUGAUGAAGAUGACCUUUAUGACAGUUAUUAUAAUCAUCAUGAAAAUAAACAUAAAAGAUUACAAGAAGAACAAAAUGAAGAAUGUGAUGAAUAUAAAGAAAUGUAUAAUGAAUUUGAUAAAAUUUAUUCGUAUGCUGACAGUACAGAUGACGAAAGAGAAGAUGGACAUGAUGAAGAUCAUUCCUAUGAACAUGCACAUCAUAAUCAUGAUGAAGAUGAAGAUUCAACAUAUUUAAGUGACGAUAAAGAAAAUGCAGAUGUUUUUAAUAGCAUAAAUUAUAACAAACAUAAAUCAGGUCAUAAUAUAAAAUCAGGUUUCCAUACAACAAAUGAUGGGAAUGUAAAUAAAAAUUUAAAAAGAAGUAAACAAUAUUUGAUUGAUAAAAUAAAAAUGGAUCUUUAUAUGAAAACAUAUAUUAUGCACAUAAAAAUAAUCGUAUUUACCUUUGAACAUUAUUUUAAUUUAUUAAAUAGAUAUUUAUUAAUAAAUUAUGAUGCUUCUAUUUUUAUUAAUAUAUAUAAUAGUAUUUUUAAAAAUUACAAGAUGGAAAAUGUAAAAGUAAUGACAGAAGAGGAUAUAUCCAAUGAUAAAUCAUAUAACUUAUAUGAUACAAAUUUUGAAGAUAUCAAUAAAAAAAUAAAUUACAAAGAAGAAGAAGAAGAGGAAGAUGAAGAAAAACGUAUAAACAUAAAUGAUAUUGAAAAUAAUUUAUUUACUGUAAAGAUGGGUAAAGCAGAAACGGAAGAAGGUGACUGGUUGUUUAUAGAACAAUUAAUUAUGAGUAUUAUGAAUUUUUCAUAUCUUUGUUUUAAUAUAUAUAAAGAAAAUAAAGUGAAGAUUAGUAAAAAGUUAUUAAAGAAGAUGAAUAUGAAUGCAGAUACUGUAAGAAGAAUUUGUUUAGAAUUACAAAGGAAAAAUAAAAAGUUCUUUUUCUUAUGUGGAAUAUAUUUAAUAUAUAUAUUACAAUUUUUAAAUAAGAAUAUAUUAUAUCGAUUCAUUGAUAAAAUAAUAUAUGUAUUAGAAAAAAUAUCAAAGAAUGUAUACGUUAAUAGUUGUAUUAUAAAUAUAUACUUAAAUAUGUUGCAAUUAAUAACUCCGAACAAUAUAUUAUAUAAGAAUACAAAUAAUACAAAUAUAUCUUUAAACGAUAAAGAUAUAUAUAUUUAUAUUGAAAAGGCCACAAUAUAUACUGAAAGUAUUAAUAAUAUAAUAAAUAAUAAUAACGUUUUAUUAAAACUGAACAAUUUUAAUAUUGAAAAUAUAAUAUUAUCACUUUUACCUUACUUAUUAUAUUUUAAUAAUAAGAAGGAAGAAAUAAAUUCACAUAUAGCAUCAAUAAAUUCGGAGUGUUUACAUAUAAUAUCAAAUAUAUAUUAUAAAAGUAUAUACAUGUAUAUGAACAAUAAUGUUAAUCAUAGAGAUAAUGAUAAAUAUAUAAAGAUGAAGAAGAAAAGUGCAGCUGUUCUUUUGAAUUCUGAAUAUGACAUGGAAAAACUUCAUGACAUUCCUUUUGAAAAAAUAAUUGAAUUAAAAAAAAUGUAUAUAUUUUUAUUAACAUGUUUUGUUUUGUCUUUGGCUUGUUCCUUUAGUUCGAAAAGGACAAGGAGUGAAGCUUACAUAAAGUUGCAACAAUUUUUAUUUAAUGAGAGUUAUAUAUUUAAAAGAGUAAACAAAAAGGAAGAUAAUAAUAAUAAUAAUAAUAAUAAUGAUAACAAUAGCAAUAAUAAUAAUAGUAAUAGUGGAAAGAAUGAUAAAAAUUGUAAGGAAGAAAAAUAUGUGUAUAGAGAUGAAAAAUUAAUAGACCUAAUAAGCAACUUUAUCAUUUUACCAUUAAUCACAUAUAAUUAUUAUUUUCCAUUUAUAUGUAAAAAUAAAUAUGGAGGAAUAUCAUCUAAUGAUGGGGAAGAUGGAAAUAUUAAACAAAGUGAUAAUGAAAUAAAGGAUAGCGAACCUUCAAGUGAAAAUUUGUUAACAUUAGAUCAAAAUAAUUAUUGUAAAGAAGCAUUACUAAACUACAAUUUAUUUCAUAAAAAAAAUUAUGUAAGUAUUAUGUCAGAAGAAAUGUGGAAAAAUAAUGAAUAUGAAAAUUGCGGUUGUAUAAUUAAUUAUAAGAAUAUAGAGAAUAUUGAAAAAGAUAAUAUUGUUUUAAAUAAUAUAUUGAAUUAUGCUAAUGAUUAUUAUAUACAUACUAUAUUACAUAAACAAUAUAAUUAUUAUUUUAGUUAUUUAUAUGCAAAAAAAAUGUUAACAUAUGAUAAUGUUUGUUAUAGAAAAAGUAUGAGUAUUAGUUUUGUUAGUCAUAUUAUGUUAUCCUUUUUAUAUUCACUUUUAAAUUGUUCAGAUGAUAUUUAUGAUGAUGAAAAGAAACAAACAAAUAAUUUAUUAAAUAAUGAAUUAAAAAAUAACAAAACAAAGGAAACACAUAAUAAUGAUGAAGAUAACAUUAUUAAUAUAUAUUCAUUGUUAUGUUUAAAUAAUGAAGCUAUGUACAACAAAAUUGUUACCAAAGGCAAAUGUGAAAAUAAUUGUAUUUAUUACUUUCUAAAACAUUUCUACCAUUCUUUAUUAACAAUUAAAGAAGAAGCAAACAAAAUAUUAAAUAUAUAUAAAGAGACAUUUAUAGAAAAUAUGAAGAAUAUCAUUUAUGUAUCCUCUUCCUAUGCUUAUUGUCUAAAGGAUCAUCGUAUUAGCUGUUUUUCGCACAUUAAAAAUGGCCACUUCUUUUUAAGAGAACAGGAAAAAGAUAUAUAUAUUAAAUUACUUAAUGUACAAAAUAUUAAUGACAAAGAAUAUCCUCAGGAAUUAGAUAAUGAUGUUGUUAAAAAUAUUAAAAAAUUGCAACUCAAUGUGAGAAUAAGUAUAGUUAUUGUGUAUUAUAUUUUAUAUAUGGAUAAUAAUUCAAAUGAGCAAUUUAAAGCAACCUUUGAAGAGUUAUUAAAUGUUCUCCUAACAAAAUAUAGUGAUAAUGAACAUGAUGAAAAUGUUGAGGAAAAAAAGCAAAAUGAUGUAAAGGAGGUUCAAUCAAAUGAUAACAAAGAUAAAAGUGUUGUAACGAGUAAAAAUGAAGAUAAUACAGAAAAGAACGAGGAUAAUGUAAACAUUACAAAUGAUAAAAAAGAAGAUAACGUAGAAAAUUUAACGGAGGAAAAACAAAACAACGUAAACGUUUCAACUCAGGAUAAAGAAGAUAACGUAGAAGAUUUAACGGAGGAAAAACAAAACAACAUAAAAGAUUCAACUCAAGAAAAAGAAGAUAACAUAAAAGAUUCAACUCAGGAUAUAGAAGAUAAUGUAGAAGAUUUAAUUGAGGAAAAACAAAACAACAUAAAAGAUUCUACUCAAGAAAAAGAAGAUAACAUAAAAGAUUCAACCCAGGAAGUAGAAGAUAACAUAAAAGAUUCAAUUGAGGGAAACAAAGAUGAUAAUGCCAAUAUUUCAAAUGACGACGAAGAACAUGAAAAAACCCAAGAGUUAAAAGAAGAGGGAAAAGAAGAUGAUGCCCAUUCAUCUGAUGAAAAAGAUGGAAAAAACAAUUAA